CGUGUCCCUAUCUCACUCUCACUCUCACUCUCACUCAUGCAGCGCCCCCCCUCCCCGUCUCUCAAAAAGGAUAACUAAACUGCGCCAUGCCACCUCAGCACGCAGGCAGCUACCAAUUCGUCAAGGCAGCCAUUUAAAGAUGAAGAGCUUCCACAGGCACGGUACACACAUAUGCAUACAGCACCGCACCAUGCAUGUGGGGGUGGGCGUUUUGUGAGUGAGAUCUAGACUGUCUGUAUCCGUACCUGUCUAUCCGGCCGGGCCUAUCCGGUACGAGGCGAGAAAGCUGCUGUUGGCCGGCCCCUUGGAUAAGGGGGGUUGGUUGGUUUGUUGUGAUUUAUGGGCAAUACGUAUCUAUAAGAUGGCCUUCGGUCGUGAGUAGCGGGGUAAAUCUCUGUCCUUCACCACCAGCUUUUACUAUCCACAACCCGUAUUCUCGAAAUUCAUCAUGCGUGAGAUUAUCCAUCUUCAAACCGGCCAAUGUGGCAACCAAAUCGGCACAGCCUUCUGGCAAACCAUUCAUGGCGAGCAUGGCUUGGAUCAAGAUGGAGUCUUCCGCGGCACCGAUGAGCAGCAAUCCGAGAGACUGAGCGUCUACUUCACCGAGGCUGCGAAACAAAAGUACGUCCCCCGUGCCGUCCUGGUCGAUCUCGAGCCCGCGACCAUGGACGCCAUCCGUUCCGGUCCGCUCGGCGACUUCUUCCGCCCGGACAACAUGGUCUACGGCCAAUCCGGCGCCGGCAACAACUGGGCCAAGGGCCACUACACCGAGGGCGCCGAGCUGGUCGACCAGGUCCUCGACGUCGUGCGUCGCGAGGCCGAGGACUGCGACAGUCUGCAGGGCUUCCAGAUCACCCACUCGCUCGGCGGCGGCACCGGCUCCGGCAUGGGCACCCUCCUCAUCGCAAAGGUCCGCGAGGAGUUCCCCGACCGCAUGAUGGCCACCUUCUCCGUCCUGCCCUCCGCCAAGGUCUCUGAGGUCGUCGUCGAGCCCUACAACGCCACCCUGUCCAUCCACCAGCUCGUCGAGAACUCGGACGAGACCUUCUGCAUCGACAACGAGGCCCUGUACGACAUCUGCCGCCGCACCCUGAAGCAGGCCCACCCGUCCUACGGCCACCUCAACCACCUGGUGUCCAGGGUCAUGUCCGGCCUGACCACGGGCUUCCGUUUCCCCGGCCAGCUGAACGCCGACCUACGCAAGCUGGCCGUCAACCUCGUGCCCUUCCCGAGACUGCACUUCUUCACCGUCGGCUUCGCGCCCCUCACCUCGUCCGCCUCCUUCUCGAACCUCGGCGUCGCCGAGCUCACCCAGCAGAUGUUCGACCCCAAGAACGUCAUGCUGGCCUCCGACUUCCGCGACGGCCGCUUCCUGACCUGUUCCACCAUGUUCCGCGGAAAAGUGUCAAUGAAGCAGGUCGAAGACCAGAUCCACGCCAUCAAGACCAAGAACUCGGCCAACUUUGUCGAAUGGAUCCCCAACAACAUCCAGACGGCCCACUGCUCCGUGCCGCCCAAGGGCUUGGACGUCUCGUCCACCUUCAUCGGCAACUCCACCGCCAUCCAGAACAGCUUCCGCAGGGUGGGCGACCAGUUCAGCCUCAUGUUCCGCAGGAAGGCCUUCCUGCAUUGGUACACCGGCGAGGGCAUGGACGAGAUGGAGUUCACCGAGGCCGAGUCCAACAUGAACGACCUCGUGUCCGAGUACCAGCAGUACCAGGAUGCCGGUAUGGACGACGACUACGCCGACGAGGAGUACGGCGAAGAGGCUCCCGCCGAGGAGGAAUGAGACACCAAGCCUUUUUGUGGCUCAAUGAUACUCCCCUGCCAGCAGGAAGUCUCGCUCUUUCGCAUCAUGAUAUAUACUUUAAUCCAGCGAAGCAAAAUGGUGUUCACGUUUGCCAUCAUGCAUUUCGAAAAAGCAUUGUGACAGUAUCCUCCUCUCUUCCACAUUGCUAGCACAGGCACAUAGGACAACUAGUUAUGUUAUGUUAUGUUUGCU